AUGCCCGAUUUCGGAAGUAAGUCGCAGGUGUCUAUGGCGUGGUUGCUCAACGAUAAGCGACUCACUAUGGACGACCGUAUUCGGUAUGCGGUUUUUGAUUCUCUAAUGCUGGGGCGGGCGAGCUCUCCUCUAGCUCGAAAGCUGCUGGAUUCUGGGCUUGGAAAGUCUCUGGCGAUCGGAAGCGGCGUUCAGGAUGAUCUACGGCAAGCUGUUUACUCAGUGGGGUUGAAGGAUGUGGCAAAGGAGGAUGAGGGGAAGGUCGGCGAGCUUGUCAUGAAGUGUCUUGGAGAGGUCCGGGCGGAAGGGGUGGACCCGCUGGACGUGCAGGCGGCUCUGAACUCGGUCGAGUUUAAAUUGAGAGAGUUCAACACUGGACAAUUACCGAGGGGGGUUGCUUGGUUCUUGUCGGUGGCACCUGAGUAUUUGUAUAAUGGGAGGGAGCAUGAUGUGAGCGAACUGAUGAGGUUUGAAGCUCCAUUGAGGCGGCUGAGGGAAGAUAUCGCUGCUGACAAGCCUGUUUUUGAAGGAAUUAUCGAUGGUAUUAUUGGGAAUAAGCAUCGCAUUGUGGUCAUCACGAGCCCAGAGGAAGGGAAAGGGGAGCGGCUGAGACGAGAAGAGAAGGAGUUGUUGGAGGAGGUUCAGAAGGAUGGUGGUCGGCAGCUGGCGACAGGAUGUGAAAGAAUGAUGGUAUGGCAGAAUAGUGAGGACAGCUUUGAAGAUAUCAGUAAAAUACCAAUGUUGAGGAAGGCGGACAUGCCUAGAGAGGAUGAGGAGAUCUCCUGUGAUGAGGACCAGGGCAUUCUCUGGCACCCGGAAAUUCGCACUCAGGGGCUCGUCUACGCUGAUGUCGUUUUUGAUGCUACUGGGUUGAACAUAGAGGAGCAGUGUCGACUGCCGGUGGUGAUGCGGGGGCUCACCGAAUUGGGUCUUCACAAGGCAGAUUCGGUGCAACAACUGCACAGGAGGAUCGAGAUGGGGACUGGGGGGAUAUCUGGUGGAAUAGUGAAUGUAGCUACGCAAGGAGGCGGUCGGACGGCUGCGGUAGUGAGAGGCCGAUGCUUGUUGGAGAAGGUGGAGGCUAUGGCGGACCUUAUGGUUGCUAUUGUUAACGACUGUGAUUGGUUGGGUGAUCGUCGACGACUUGCAGAAGUGGUUGACGAGCUGUGCAGUAACUGGGAACAGAGCAUGCUGAUUGGAGCUGGGCAUCAGUUGGCACUGAGUGCUGCGUAUUCCUCCUUGCCAACUCAUAGUAGAGUGCAUGACGCCAACAGAAGGAGUUACGCUCAGAGUGGGCUGCCCUACUAUCGGGAGUUAUUGAGGUUACGCAAGUUGUUGUCAUCCGAGGAGACGUGGGAGCAGGCCGCGGGGGAGCUGAGGGCUACAGCUCAGAAUGCGAUGAAUCGGGAUACAUUCGCUGUAGUGAGUGCUGCUGGGCCGGAGGCUUCCAGAGACGCUUGGGGAUCUUUUGGUGAACGCCUGACAGCUCCAGGUUCAGUCUCGCAGGCAUCAGCGGUGUCGAGGACGUCCCUCGGUAUUCCUGGUGAGAUGUAUGGCAUUGUGGCGCCUUCAGUGCAGAUAGGGUACAAUGCGAGGGCUCUCACAGUGCCUGAUGACACUGACGUCGGCACGGCUAUAGUAGCGGCUCAGCUUGUUAAUAUGAACUACAUGUGGCAGCAGAUUCGUAUGCGAGGGGGAGCAUACGGUGCCUCGUGUCAAUUCAAUCAUCGUUCAAAGAGUUUUGGUAUGACCACUUACCGUGAUCCGCAUGUGAAGCGGUCUCUCGAGAUCAUGAGGGAUGCUGGCAAGUGGCUGCAGGAUCGGUCCUCCCUAGAUGACCGCACUGUAGAGCAAGCUACGGUUGGUGUUAUUGGCCAGCUCGAAAUUGGACAUUUAAUGCCUGAUGAAACUUUGAGGACGUCCCUUAUCCGUUGGCUCGCUGGUGAGAGUCGUGAGGAGCGGCAGGCCCGUCGACUAGGGAUUCUGGGAGCAACUCGAGAAGGGAUAGAAGACAUUGGUCGGCGCGUUGGCGAGGCUGAGUUGUGCGCUGAGGUCUGCAUCGGCAAUGGGGCGGCUCUUGAGGAGGCUGGUGUGAGUCCGUUACUUCCGCUAGUUGAUCACGUGUGA